AUGAAGACUGCCGAGUUCGAGUUCGACCUUGACUCCCAAAUCAUGCCACACGAUCCGGCUGAGGUUCGCGGCAAGAGUCGCGAUAGCGGAAGAAUGAUCGUGUUGGACCGCUCCGCGGCGAAGAUCGAGCACUCGGUGUUUUCCAGCAUCGUCGACUAUUUCCGUCCAGGAGAUGUCUUAGUUCUGAAUGAUAGCUACAUGCUCUCCAAUACCCUGUGGUUCGAACAUGGAAACGAGUCGGUUCAGGUGACUGUUUACGGUCAUGAACCCGACGGCACGACAAUCGUUGACAUCCGGUCUGACCAGCAGUGGGUCAAGUCAGGUCUGACCUUGGCUGCGAUGAACAACGACCAGCUCACUUGUACUCUUCUGGAGCAACAGCCUGACCGGUUGUGGAAGGCGAAAUUCUCGCCUCCCGAGCUACUCGUACCAACUCUCGACCAGCACGGCCAGCGCCUAGACGAGACGAUCCAUCUAAAUCCCACUACCUGGAAGUCUAUGCCAGAGGCGUACCGCUCUGUAUACGCCAAGAAGGCUGGGUCCCUCGAGAUUCCUUCGGCGGGCCUUCAUUUUUCGGACGCGCUCCUCGCUCAGAUCCAGUCCAAGGGGGUUGAAAUUGCAUAUAUCACGCUGCAUGUCGGAGCAACCGAGGUCCUCUCGGUUCGGCAUAUCAGCGAGGAGGAGAUUGAGAACCACAAGGUCAGGUCCGAGUACUUCGAGGUCGCCGACAGGACGGCGGCUCAAAUCAAUCGAGCCCGGGUCGAGGGGCGCCGGGUGAUCGCAGUCGGGACGACCGUCAUGAGAACCCUUGAGUCCCUCGCCCUUGGAAAAGGGCGUAAGGCUGCUAUUCAGCCCCAAGAUGGCUGGACCGAUCUCUAUAUUUAUCCGGGAUUCAAGUUCAACGUGGUGGAUGUGUUGUUAACGAACCUUCAUCGGCCUCGGUCUAGCCAUAUUGUCCUGACGGCAGCGUUUGCGGGUAAGGACUUGGUUAUGCGGAGCUAUGAUGAGAUUGCGGAGCAUGGAGGCUAUGAGUUCGAUAUGUUUGGGGACUACGUGUACCUGAUUCGGUGCUGUCUCUGCUUUCGCAGUUCCAAGUUCCUUCGCUGGCGCUACUCCACGUCUAUCUGA